CUUCUCAUUUCUCUUCCAUCGUCAACUGAAGAAAGCUGAGUGCGUACUCAAAACCGAGUUUCAUUUCUACGUUUUCCCUUCGCCGGCGACCGCCGUACCUCGCCGGAAGUUUAUUUCUCGCUGGAAAUUAUGGAGUUUCUUAUGGUCGGUUGCGUUGCAGGUACGGUCUGAGCACUCUGACCGUAUCUGGUUUCCCUAAACGAAAGCGACUUUACUUGGCUGAGUUUCGAAGUUAUUCCAUAUUCUAUGUAGCAAAUCAGGGAAAGAAAACUACAUUAUAAUUAAUUAGGGAUUAGGUUUUUUAUUUUUAGCUAUCUCAAAUUCAUCGGAGUACAUUUAAUUUUGAGAUACGCUUCUGGUGAUUGUAAACGAACUGUAGGUUAUCGAACUCACAUUUUCCGUCUUGCUAGCAUAACUCUGUUUUGCUUGUUUUUGUGAAUGCUUUUGUUCGUUUCGUAAUCUUGAAUUAACCGAGAGUACCAGCUUCAAUUUUGGAAAAAUGAUGGAGAUAAUAGUUGUUGAGAUCUGACUAACUGAUUAGGUGCUGAAAUUCGUUCGAGAGAGCUUCUCUGAACAUGCCAUUUCAAAUGAAGAUCCAGCCAAUCGAUUUUGACACAGUCGAAGAAGCAGCUCGGUUCGAGCUGGUGAAGCCGGUCGUGAAGUCGAAAUUGAAGCGAUUGUUUGAGAGACAGUUCUCGAACGUACUGAGAAAUUCGGCAGAGAAGGCCAAUUUUGAAGAAUUGAACGCUAACAAGGACAGCUCCGAUGGCGUCUCUUCUGAGUUGGAGCCUAGCUCUAUAUGCUUGGCGAAUAUGGUCCAGAAUUUCAUAGAGGACGACAAUGAGAAACAAUUCAGCGCGUCUAGGUGCGGCCGCAGUCGCUGCAACUGCUUCAAUGGAAACUAUACGGACAGCUCCGAAGAGGAUGUGGAUCCACAUAGUGGUUUUGGCGAUUCCAAUUUUUCUUCCGGUGGUGAGGCAUGGGAACUUUUGAAGAGCUUAAUUCCCUGUACGAGUGUUCAUGAGAGGAAUUUAUUAGCGGAUACGGCCAGGAUCGUAGAGAAAAACAAGGUCUGCAAGCGUAAAGACAACCUAGCAAGAGAGAUUGUUACUAAUGGGUUGUUGGCUCUUGGAUACGACUCUUCCAUCUGCAAAUCUCACUGGGAGAAGUCCCCCACAUAUCCGGCCGGGGAUUACGAAUAUGUUGACGUGAUUAUUGAAGGAGAACGUUUAUUGAUAGACAUCGACUUUCGAUCAGAAUUUGAAAUUGCACGGUCAACCAAAAGCUACAAAUCGAUCCUCCAACUCGUUCCUUAUAUCUUCGUCGGCAACCCUUGUCGGCUUCAGAGGAUCGUGUCGAUCGUAUCAGAGGCUGCAAAACAGAGCUUAAAAAAGAAGGGGAUGCCUGUUCCGCCAUGGAGGAAAGCCGAGUAUGUAAAAGCAAAGUGGCUCUCUCCUCAUAUUCGUGCCUCAUCCUUGUCGAUUUUAGGUCCAGAUCCUGAGUCAAAGCAUACUCUGGAGAACUUGCAAACCAAUCUCAGCCCCGAUGUGGAGAAACCGGUGGAUCGUAACAGGUUGGGAGAGAUUGAGACUGCUGUAAAAGAAUGGAAGCCUCCGGAGCUUAAGCCUAAAAGCUCAUCGGUUGGGGCUAGAAAUCUUAAGAUUGUAACUGGUUUGGCAUCGGUUAUUGAAGACUAGCCAUGAAAAUUUUUGGUUUUGUUUCUUUUGUCCUUUUUGGGUUUUUGACUAGUAAAAACAAAUAGUUAUACACAACCUAUAUCAUGGUGUUAACCUUCAAAUCCCCUUCUGGUUUUUGUGUAAGGGUUUGGGUUUGGAUAUUACUCAUAUGAAUAAAAUUUGAAAGACAAAACAGUUGACAGCUAUCAAGUUUGUAAAAUCCUUCCUUUCUACCCCCAAAAAAAUCCUUGCAGGUCACCGACUUAUCAGGUUUCUGUUUAGAUCUUUAAUUGAAGGCGUAGUGGUAAGCAACGAAGGUAAGUAAGGGAAACAACUCACUGCAGUUUUUCUUCAAUGAUUCUUUUCAGAGAAUAAUGUUUUUUUUUAGAUAUUCCAUCACUGAAAUGCUUGUUUUGUUCUUGAGGAUGGCAGGAACUGAUUUUAUGAUUGAAGAAGAUUACACCAAAGUAUUGUUGGCCUCGAGCAACGUGAGGUGAGCUAAUAAUUCUUCUUCUUUCCUUUUUAUGAUAAAGCUAUGGCCUCUCUGACAUAUCCAUAUUCUCUAUCCAUCCUUCUGCAACGGAAAGAGAGUGAUAUAAUGAAUGAUUCCAGGUCCUGUCUUAUGAGACCAUACCCCUCACUUCUCCCGAACCUCUCUAGCUUCCAAUCAUAUUCUAUUAGUAGUUCAUUAACAUAUAUAAUUUAUCCAAUCUUGUUGAUUUUGAGCUCUGUUCACCUGAGCUGUAUGUAUGAGAAAUGUUAGCCAUUUUUAGAAAUCCUGUGCAGAUGGAAAAUGAUUCAUAGAAGAGAGAGCCAAAUUUGGUUCAGUUUAGCUAGCUUUCUUCUGUUUUGAAGUUCAUGAUUGUAGGGGUGAAAAUUGAUUUGGUUUCGUCUGUUUAUCCAAACCAAACCAAUUGAUACUCUAAAGUAAUUGAUUUUAUAAAGAAGGGAUAUUAAUAAAGAACAAAAUCAAUGAAUUGAUUUUUAUUUAGUUUGUUUUGGUCCUCUCUCUCUUUCUUUCCUUUUUUUUUUUUAGAUUGAAGUUAGGAUGUUAUUUUUUCUUGUUACUUUUUGUUUGAAUGACUUUUUUUUUUUGCUAUUUUUAAAUUAAAAUUAUUCCUUUCUUUUUCCUUUUUUUUUAGAUUGACGUUAGGAUGUUAUUUUUUCUUGAUACUUUUCUAAAUUAUAAACCUAUGUGCUCUAUAAUAAUAGAUUUUUUCCGGUCAAAAUUGAUUGGAACGGUUUUCUCCAAAUACAAACAAACAUAUCCAAUUUUAUACUAAAGACCAAAUCAAACCCUUGAAUUGGAUUGGUUUGGUUUGGUUUGGUUUUUCGGUUUUUUGAUUUUCAGGGAAGCUGUAUGAAUGAUCAAUCUGAGGUAGGAUGUUGCAUAUAGGGUUGAAUCCACUGUUCAGCAUAUGGGCCUUUUUUAACUCCAUAUUUCCUUCCCUCUGCCCCAUGGUUUAAGAAUCCUACACCCUAUUUCUGGAAGCAAACAAGGAAAAGGGAAGGUGGUUACUGGUUGUGGGGCUAAAAAACGGGACUCUCAUUUGCAGAACUUGGUUGCCACAGCCAAGAAGGGCAAAAAUAAAAAGUACUAGGAAAUGGGUAGUUUUGCAUUUAUUAAGCUCUGUCCUGACUAUGAUGUCCAGAACUAUACCAUAAUAAAUCUCUUACUUAAAUGAA